CGAGUCCGUGUCCGUGUCGAGUUGAGUUCAGACGUUGUCGUCGCCAACGCUGUGCGCAAAAAUUAAAAUAGUUCAAGCGAGGCAUAGAUACAUUUUCCACAUACAAUUUUUGUGUAAACUAUAAACUCUAAAAUAAACAAGGAAAGGAAGCAAAAACAUAAUUGUAAAUUUUUAAAAUCAUUUCGGAAAGAAAACAUCAAAAAGGAACUUUAUCAUCUCUAAAACAUUCAUACUCAGCAAUUAAAAUGAGAAGCGUCGCCUACAGCAGCAAUAAGAACAACAUCAACAACAACAUCAAGUGGAAGCUAGAGCCAACGGACAAUAAACGCUCAGUGCAGCAAUAACAAUAAGAGACAACAAAGAAAUAUGGGAUGGAGCGUCAAUUUGGAUGAGAAAAGUUAAAGACGAUUACUUGUAAAAAAAAAAAAAAAAGAAAACCCCUCUGAAAAGCAAGUCACAAUUGAUCUAGGGGGCAAAGGACGAACAUUAACAAUGCGGAGAUUUAUUAAUAUUUAUUAAUGAACGACGUGCCGCAAGAAGCAAGCAGCAGCAGCAAAAAAAAGAGCAUAGAAAAAGAGGUGUGUGGCUGUGUGUGUGUGUGCGACGAGCAUAAUACAUAAUAAAACAGGAUGCGUAAUUAACGCAUAAUCCACCACAAAAAGGACGACGUCAAGACAACGAAAGGCUCAAUUUCAGGGAAUUUGCAAAAAAAGCCCUCACGACGCAGACAGGAAUGUAAUUAAAAGUAAAUACAGUAACAAAUAAAAAGAAGAGUAAAGGCAAAGAAAAGAGGAAAACUUGGGGCAGAUGUCACGUCAGAGCGUAGCUGAGGCUCAAAGUUAUCUAAUGACAGACGCAGCGCGGUAACACAUCAGCAUCAACAUCAGCAGCAGCAGCAGCAGCAGCAGCAAUAGCAACAACAUCGUGCGACGUGCAGCUUGGCGCGAUUAAUGUGGCCGAGGUCAACAGCGCGCAAUAGAGCAAUAACAUCAUCAUCCCGGGCAGCAGGAUCGGCUGUGACAUCGGCAGCAGCAGCAACAUCUUCUUCAUCAUCAUCAACAACAUCUUCGUCAUCAUCAGCAGCAUUGAUAGAUGCAAGUCUGCCCAUUCCCAGUGCCAUUGAGGUGGAAUCAAUAUCGGACUCGGUGCUGUUGUGUCAACUUCUGAUGCUCCUCGCACUGACAUUGUUUUGGUUAAGCUUUGCCUUGCCGCGCAGUCAAACGAUAGCGCACUGGCAACGCAUCAACUAAGUCAGAAACGAGAAAGAGAUAGCAACUUAAGCUUAAGAGCAAUUCAGCAAUAAUAAUACACUCUCAGACUCUUAUUCACACACAGACUCACACACACACAUACACACACAACAAGCACGCACUGAUGUACUGACUGAAAGCCUCGCUGCCUAAAUAAAAAAAAAUAAAAUAAAUUUAACCAAAAACAAAAAUAAAAAUUAAAUAAAGAAAGCAACCAACUAACUCACUGACUGAGAGACUAGAGCGAAUGCCCCAUUUAGAGCGACACGAAGAAGAGAGGAAAAGUGGACAAGCAACUCAACUAAUGCAACAAAAUUCAACUACUUGCAACUGAAACCAAAAACAAAACAAAAAAAACAUCAACUAAAACUUACUUACUUUAUACGCAACCAAGAAAAAUGCUAAACGAAAAAAACAAAAAUCUAAAAUCAUUUUAAUGCCAAACAAAACAAAAAAACGUAAUUCAUAAAUAAUUGCAACACACAAAACAACAAAAAGCAAAAAAAAAAAACAAAUGAACGAGAAACAUUUUUAAAUAAGCAACAGACGCACUCCACGAUUAAACAACCACAACAACAAUAAGAGCAACAACAACUAGCAACUUACUUAAGAACAACCUUCCAACCUUUUGACAUUCGCCACGCACCACAGCAACAACAACAGCAACAGCAACAACCUGCACCACCAUGAGUGAUUCAGCAAUGAACAAAUUAAUCAAAUUGACGCCCUGCACCCGCACACCGCUGCUGACAAUAUGGCUGGCCAUCAAUAUGGCGCUAAUUGUACAGGAGCAGGGCCCCAAGAGGAGCACCACAGUCCAAUCGGCAACCGGCGGAGGCAGCAUGUUGGGUGACGUAAACAUAUCCGCUAUACUCGACUCCUUUAGUGUUAGUUACGACAAAAGAGUAAGACCCAAUUAUGGUGGACCUCCCGUUGAAGUCGGAGUCACCAUGUAUGUGCUAUCAAUCAGCUCGCUCUCAGAAGUGAAAAUGGACUUUACAUUGGAUUUUUACUUUCGUCAAUUUUGGACCGAUCCUCGUUUAGCGUAUAGAAAACGACCUGGUGUAGAAACACUAUCGGUUGGAUCAGAAUUCAUUAAGAAUAUUUGGGUACCUGACACCUUUUUUGUAAAUGAAAAACAAUCAUAUUUUCACAUUGCAACAACCAGUAAUGAGUUCAUUCGAGUGCAUCAUUCUGGAUCGAUAACAAGAAGUAUUAGAUUGACUAUCACGGCAUCGUGUCCAAUGAAUCUACAAUAUUUCCCCAUGGAUCGGCAACUGUGUCACAUCGAAAUCGAAAGCUUCGGCUACACGAUGCGUGACAUUCGCUAUAAAUGGAAUGAAGGCCCUAACUCGGUUGGUGUCUCGAGUGAGGUAUCGCUGCCCCAAUUUAAGGUCUUGGGUCAUCGUCAGAGAGCUAUGGAGAUCAGUCUUACCACAGGCAACUAUUCACGUUUAGCCUGCGAAAUUCAAUUCGUGCGUUCGAUGGGCUAUUAUCUUAUACAAAUCUACAUACCCUCUGGACUGAUCGUUAUUAUAUCAUGGGUAUCAUUUUGGCUCAAUCGCAAUGCAACGCCGGCGCGUGUGGCGCUCGGUGUGACAACCGUGUUGACAAUGACCACUUUGAUGUCGUCAACAAAUGCAGCGCUGCCAAAGAUUUCUUACGUCAAGUCGAUUGACGUCUAUCUGGGAACAUGCUUCGUUAUGGUCUUUGCCAGUCUACUGGAAUACGCCACCGUCGGCUAUAUGGCAAAACGAAUUCAAAUGCGAAAACAAAGAUUUAUGGCGAUCCAAAAGAUAGCUGAACAAAAAAAGCAACAGCUCGAUGGUGUGCAGCAGCAGGCCAAUCCGAAUCCGAAUGUCGGAGGCGGACCCGGCCCGGAGCAUGGACAUGGGCAUGGUCACCAUGCCCACAGCCAUGGUCAUCCGCAUGCGCCCAAGCAAACAGUGAGUAACCGCCCAAUCGGCUUUUCAAAUAUCCAACAAAACGUUGGUACGCGCGGUUGCUCGAUAGUGGGACCCUUGUUCCAGGAGGUGAGAUUCAAGGUCCAUGACCCCAAGGCACACUCCAAGGGCGGCACGUUGGAGAACACGGUGAAUGGCGGUCGUGGCGGACCUCAGUCGCAUGGACCUGGCCCGGCGCCCGGCGGCGCUGGUCCUGGCGGUGGUGCUGGGGGCGGUGGUGGUGGUCCACCAGAUGCCGGCGGUGAUCCAGAGGCAGCGGUGCCCGCACAUUUACUCCAUCCGGGCAAAGUAAAAAAGGAUAUUAACAAACUCCUUGGCAUUACGCCCUCGGAUAUCGACAAAUACUCGCGUAUUGUGUUUCCUGUUUGCUUCGUAUGCUUCAAUCUCAUGUACUGGAUCAUCUACCUUCAUGUGAGUGACGUCGUUGCCGACGAUCUCGUCUUGCUUGGGGAGGAAUAAACGCCCAGGAUGCGCAGAUUGAAGGACAGAUGCAGGAGACGACAAGUGAACAGCGCACGUGAGAGUCAAACUAUGCAGCGCGCUGAAAAAUAACAAAAAACAAAAAAAAAAAAAAAAAAUCCAAAAAAAAAAUACACAAAAAAACAUUAACCUAAAUUAAUUUUAACUAGCGAUAUAAACAAAAGAAAUGCAAAAGCAACAUAUUAUUGUUAAAUACUACAAGAAAAGGACACACAUAUUAUGGAGACGGAGAGCAAAGGAUAUUGUUAAAUAGAAUUACGUGAGAGAAACCAAAGCAGAUAAAUCUAGACGUAAGAAGAAAAUAACAACAACAACAACACGAUGAAUAAUCAAAAGCAGCAAAUAUAGCAAAUAGUAGAGAAAGUAAAAAAAAAAAAACAAAGCAAAUUAAAUAUAACCAAAAAAAAAGAACGAAAAGAAUAUCUCGUAAAAAAGUCUCAACAUAGAUAAUUACAAAUGCAAAAGCAAAUAAUAGCACAGUCAAAAACAAAUUUAUUUCAGACUCACAUAAUUCAAAACUUUAAUACACCCGAUGCAAUUUACAUAAGUGAAUAUAAAUGAACCAGAAGUAAACUUUUCAACCAUUUGAGUUAAUCAAAAAUAAAGACCCUGUAGCUACACCAAAGCAUAUGAUAUAAUUAUAUUUGUCCGAGCGUCUGUCUAAUAUCAAAUAAUACUACUGAAAUUAUAUCUGUAUUUGGCUAUAGGGGAAUUAUCAAGUCGAUCGCUCUCGACUUUGGCAUUCUUCAGUUUGUCCCGUUUUUGAAAUGAUUUCCUUUGCCAAUUACUUCCCUUAAGCAGACACUUGAAGAGUCUUCCUUAGUUUAGGCAAAAAACUUAGUUUUAAUUUACAUUUAAAUCAUAGCCUUAGUUUUAUUUGUUGUGGUUCAUGAAACUCCUUUUAAGCUGCACGCACUGUUAAUUGUAAUUCUAUCUUUAACAACAACAACAAAAAAGACCCAAUAUGUUUUUGUUUUAUUUCUCAAAACUGACCACUUUUUAGCGCUUCCAAGAAAAAUGGCCAAAUUUUUUAGGAAUUUAAAUCGAUAAAUUUUCAAAAUGCAAAUCAAACUUAAACAAAUUAAUGAAAUCAUUUAAUUAAUUUUAAAAAUGAAAACGAAAACGAAAAACAAAAAUGAAAUGAAAAAAAACCUAAAAUUACUCGACCAUAAAAAUUUUAAAUUUUUAAUAAUUUGCACAUUAAAAAUAAAUACAACAUAAAGGAAAAGAUCUAAUGUACAAUAUUACUUUCAAUGGCACCUUUUGAUAACAAAAGGCAUCGGGCAUAAACAAAAAAAGCAAAUAGUUGAUAACAAAUAAGAGAUGAUAACGAUAAAGAAAAUUUGGUUUUUAAACAAACGGCUUUAGUUUCACCAAUUUUUAUAGAAAAUUCUACGAAAAAAAUAUUGCAAAAAUAAGAAUACCAAUAACAAAAAAAAAUAACAUUUUAAUUGCACAGAAAAAUCCAUCUUCAAGAAAACUUUGCGGCACCAUAAAAAAUAAAAACAAAACAAUUAUUUAAAAAACAAAGCAAAAUAAAAUGACACUUUGAAAGCAAAGUGAAAUCAAUAAAUGACAUAUAAAUCGAAAAUAAAUAGGUUUAGAUACUUAUGUACACAAAUUUGAAUGAAACUGCCUAAGAACCUAGCCUAUAAGGAUCACAAAUAGUUGUUUAACAAAGACAGGAUAGUUGAUAGCAAAUUAAUUUGAAACAGUUGUAUAUAUUGUAUUAAAAACUAAAAAAGAAAAACAUUCUGAAAAAAAACACAGCAAAGUAGGAGCAAAACUUCGCAAGGAAAUUAAGAAUUAAUUAAUAUUAGCUAAUUAAUAUAAUUACAUCUAGUUAAAGUAACUCAGACAACAAAAACAACAACAAGAAGAAGAAGAAGAAAAACGUUCAAACAGUCAAUAAAGCGAUUAAUAUAGCAGUAUAGACAAAUGCACCAUUCAAUUUAGCUUAGUAGACACACACACACUAAUACACUAACACACAGACACACACACAGUCACACCGUAAACAUAUUUAAAGUUUUGGUGAAGUUCCUCAAUAAGUCACUGAAAAUAUUUAGUUAAAAAAAAAGCAAAGGCAAGUGAGUUCAAUAAAUUAAAGAAAGAAGAAAGAAAAAACCUGGCACAAAACUAAGCAAAGAGAUAAACAUUUAUCGAGAUCAUAAAAGAGAAUAUUAUCAAUAAAUUUUAAUUUAAUAGCUAAGACGAGAUGUGAAUCUAAGGCUAAAGUUUUUUUGUACAGUUAGCUAAAGCUGAGGUAUACACCACACAAAUGAGUAGCAUCUAAUAAUUUAUGGAUAUGGAUAAUACAAGAGACACACAGAAACAUACACACAGAGAAAUACACACCUAAUAUAGAAGCAGCAUCAUAAACACACAUAAUACACAUAGAUAUAUAUAUAUAUACGAUACAAUAUACAUAUAUAUAUAUAUUUCAUAUGUAUGUAUGUUAUGGAUGUACUUUACAAUAACAUAACAUACUUAAGCACCUAUAUGUAGCACGAGUUUUUUAUAUGUAAACCAACCAAAAACAAAAACGAAAAAAAACCAAAAAAUAAAUUAUUUUAUAUACACAGUAAUCCCAAGUAAAGAAUAAGAGAAUAAAUCGAAUGAAGUGGAAGUGAAUAUGAAAAUUAAAUUCUAGGCUCAAUAUAUAUAUACAUAUAUAGUAUAUAUUGUCUAAAUGUUUUGGAGAUGAGAAUAUCGAAGACAAAUAGCAAAUUCUACACAGUCAACAAUGCACAGUUACCCUUAAAAAUACUCGUACUACCUAUAACAUCAUGCUAGGGCAAUUCGAUCGUUACUACUAUCGUGAAGAUAUAGAUAUAUAUAUCGCAUAUUUGUAGAUAUAUAAUCGAGAUUGACAUUCAGGCUAGUAUUAUCGAUGGUUUUGCACACAAUUGAUUGAUCUACACACACACACUUAACCACACCUAUAAUCCAACCCAAAAACAAAAAAAUAUAGCAUCUGAGCGAAAAUUACUUUAUUAACUUUCUAGACACACACACACACACAAACACACACACAGACACACUCACAUACUUACAUUUUUAUAUGCUACAAAAGAAAAACAUAGAAGGAGAGUCGAAAGGAUCAGUUGGAGCCAAGUACUUACAUACAUGGAUUUGAAAUAAAGCAACUGCAAUUGAUUUACAUCUACCAACAAAAACAAAAACAACAACAACAAACGAGGAAUAAACUGUAGAAGAAGAAGCAGAAGAAGAUUAUUCUUAGGAACACAAUUUUUUUCAAUAAAUAGCUAGCAUCAGAAUCAGAAAUCAGGCAGUAAACGCAACUCGACAUCAAGUGAAAUCGGUGAUAAAGACAAAAUUCAAGUAUAUAUAUGCGUAUAUAUAUACACAUAUAUUUUGUAGCUAUACAGAUGUCGAAAUUCAAUUAUACUCGUAUGCAACAAAAAAAUAAAAAAAAGAGAAUGAUUAUGAAGUCAUAACAAAAUAGUUAAAUCAAAAUGUUUAUAAAUUGAACACAGAGAAAUAAGUGAAUUUGAAAGAGUAAAUAUGUAUAAUGCAUAGGUUUAUCUAUAAUUAAGUUCUAUGCAAAAGCGAACAACAACAAAAACAACAACAACAACAAACAACAAGAACAACAACAAAUAGCUGCUCAACGGUUUCGGAGCGUAUUUCCAAAGAAAACAAAAUUAAACAAAAACAUUUUAGUUGUUAACAAAUAGCUGAGCAUUUUUAAAUAAACAAAAGAACAAUGACAACUAAUUAAGUUAUGUAAUUGUAUUUACUUUUUCAUAUUCUUUUUUACUCUACACCUAGUUAAUUAUAUAAUUUGUUACAAUUUAGUUGUACUUAAGUAUAAAAACAAAGUGAAUAGAAAAUAAAUGAAAACUCGAAGAAAACGAGAAACAUAAAAUUAAUACUAAAAACUACAAAAAAAAACCAAAGAAAUAAGCGGCAAAGCAUUUAGGACAAAUAAUGACACAAGCCCUUAAAUUAAAUUACUUAUAUACAAAAGAACAACAAAAAAAAAACAAGAACAACACAAUGAAAUGUUUGAAGCAUUUUUGGUGCCGUUUCGCUUAGACGAGGGCACCAACACCAACGUUUUAUAUAAUUAUGAUGAUGAUGAUGAUGAAAAUAUGAGAAAUUAAAUAUGUAUACAUAUAUAGAGUUACAUAUACAUACUCGUAUAUAAAACAUGAUGUUGCAUGUAUGUACAUGAUGUAAUAAUUACAUUGUGUGCGUAUAGAUUAUGUAUAAUAAUGUAUGUAUUAUAUAUAUGUAUGUAUGAUGGUCUCAAAAUGAAAUUCUAAAGUAUUUAGAUAAGCAAAAACAACUAAAAUAAAAGAAAACCAGUUACAAACAUAAGUUAAAUAUAUUUAGUUGGAGUUGAAAACAGAAAAAAACAGAAAACAGAAAACAGAAAUCACAAAUGCAAAUGCAAAUAAGUAUAAUUAUAAAACACUUCCCAAACACACACACACACAAAAACAGACACACACACAAGCAUACAUAUAUUUCAUAAAAAUGCACCAAAAAAAAACAUUUUUUAAUGCAACCCAAAAAAUAAUGUAAUGAAAUGUUUAUGAAACAAAUAUAAUUAUUGAUAUUUGGUAUUCCCCAUCCAAUAAAAACAACAACAAAUAAAUGCAAAACAUUGGAAAAUUGCACAAAUUAACUUGCAACAUAAACUACACACACACACACACAUACACACACACACAUUUAAACAUACUUAUGGUUGUACACCUUAUUGUAGUUUUUUGUAUUCGAAAUUGUUUUUUACAAUUUUUUAUUUAACAGCUAGAUGGCAAAAGAAGAUCCCAAAUUCAAAUUGAAUCAAAUACUCAAAUACUAUAUAAAUUAUCCAUUUGAUUUGUUGCUCAAGCAUUUAGCAAUACUAUUUCUAAACACUCACAAUCAUUCUCAAUUAUCUCAGCACAACUCAAAACUAUUUCGGACUGCUGCAGACUUAUAUAACUCACUUAAUUUUCUGCGAUUGAUUCACUUGAAGUUUAACUGAUUUUUUAUACCAUGAUGACAGUUGCUAAAGUGCUAUAAAUAUGGUAUCUAUAAUUUUUUGUUUAUCCGUCCAUUAAAUAAAAGUUCCUAAUUGCAAUAAAUGAAUAUUUGUUAUGAUUAUUCACCUUGUCAGCAGCCAACAACAACAACAACAAGAACAAGAACAACAAACUCCCACGAAGCAGUCAAUUCUUAUCAUAAUUUGUAUUUUAAUUAUUGAUUCCCAAGUUGGCCUCUCGUCAAUUACAAUUUGUUCAAUCUCACUUCUCCUUAAUCUCUCCCUCUCUCUAUUUCAUACUCUAUCUCUAUAUCAGGCAUUACUUUUGAUUUUUAUGUAUACUUACUGCACCAAUUAUUUUCGUUGCUCAAAAUAACCAACCCAGUAUAAUACCCCGAAAUAGUAUAUAAGCAGGCAUUAUGCAACUGUUUAAAAAAAAAGAAGGAAAUAAAACCGAAGAAAGAAAACAAAAAA